AUGAGUGAUCCACUAAGCAAGUUAGUAGUCGAUAGAAGCAGCAAAACAAAAAAUAAACUUAUCAUAAAAUUGUUGGAAUCGGCGAUAUGCACUAUCUGUUCUGAAUACAUGUUUGUACCUAUGAUGACCUCAUGUGGUCAUAAUUACUGCUACGGGUGUUUGAAGUCAUGGAUCAGUACUAACUCUAAGAAGGAGCUAGCUUGUCCGCAAUGUAGAUCAGAUAUUACAGAUACUCCAAACUUGAAUCCCUUUAUUCAACAAACUUUACAACUUAUAAUUGAUACUAUAAAUGAGAAGAAGAAGAAAGUUUCCGAAAAUGAAGAAUUUAAGAAGAUAUUAGAAACACAAAAGGCAGAACUCUUAGAGUAUUCUUUAGAUAAAGAGAAUGAUAGGUUAUUUGAUGGUAUUUUCAAAAAUUCUGCAACAGCAAUAGUAGAUGAUUCUGAUGAUGGGAUUCCUAGAUGCAGUAAUUGUCAUUGGGAGAUUGAUCCAGAUGACCUUGAAGAGGAGAACAUUUGUCCACAUUGCUCUUCAAGAUUAAGGAAUAGGGUCGCAAAUAACAAUUUAAGCACCAAUUUAAGAACAAAUGAUGCAGUCAUAGUGGGACUUGACAAUGAAGAAUAUAGUUCAGGUGAACUGGAAGAGAUUCAUGAUGAUCUUGUUAGACAUUCGAGGAAUACGGAGAGAAUUACUCUCGGAUCAUCCGAAUCCGAAUCUGAAUCCGAAUCUGAAUCUGAGUACGACUCUCAUCUAAAUCAAGGAAGAAAUACCAACACUAUAUAUGAUAAUGAAGCUGAGGAUGACGAAGAGAACGAUGGUUAUAGUCAAGAAGAAAGUCGGUCAGAAGAUGACGCUUCAGAUCUCAAUUCAUUUAUAGAAGAUGAUCCGGAAUCGGAAGAUAAUGAGGAUGGCGUUACCCCAAUGGUUAUAGAUGACGAUGCUGAUGAUGCUCAUUCUGCAGAGGAGCAUAACAGUGACUAUUAUGAGCAUAACGACGAUGAAGGGUUUGUUAGUGGUGAUAGUUUGGAUGAUGGACCAGAAAGGUUCGAAGAUGAAAAAUCGAAUGGAAAUUCUGAUGAAAGUGAUGAUGAUGAUGAUGAUGAUAAUGGUGAAUAUUCUCAUGCUCAUAAAAGACAAAAACGGGCCAAAAUUGUUUUAGGAGGGAGUGAUGAAGAAUGA